AUGACGAAGCAAGGACCCGUCACCGCUCCUCCGCCGUAUACUCCAACAGAUACCACCAACGAAACCACAACCACGCCGGCUAAUGGAAGUCCGAAACAAAUCCCAUCAAUUGAACAAUAUUGGUACAAAAAUGGCAUAUUCGGUCUAUACUCGCGAGCGAUCCUCCGAGUCCUCCAAUUCAUUUUCGCCAUUAUCGCCGCUGGGCUUUACGGUGUCGAUCUAGCGCGUGCAACGAAACGGAACGCGCCCGCUCCCGCCCAGUGGGUCUACGCCGAGAUGAUUGUGGUUUUCUCUGCCGUAACAUGUGCUGUACAUGCUAUCGUGACUGUCAAGCACGUCUUGUGGUCUCUAUGGGAUGGCGUGCUCUCUGUAUUCUGGCUGGCACAGGUGGGCGUCUUUGGAAGUAUCUACUACGCCUCGCCUAUCGAUGCUGAAUAUGAGGACCUCACGCAAUGUGUUCCUCGUAUGAAAGCGGCUGUCUGGAUUGAUGUUGUCAAUUUGUUGCUUUGGUUCUUGACUUUCGUUCUUGGGGUGGCUUGGUGUAUUCGGACUCGCAAGAUUACCCGCCGGACGGACAAGUUGGGCCGAAUUCAGGAUGUGGAGCGAUUGGGAGAGCAGGAAAUUGGAUACCAAGCUCUCAAGCAAGGUGGUUCGGAGAGGAGUGGAGAUGUGGUAGCUCAUGAGACGUUGGAUGAGAAGCGGGAUCAGAAGGGAGACUUCCACGACGAAGAUGAGAAAUGA